AUGGCAACACCCAACCACAAACGAUUUACAAAUACAGGACGAAAUGAACCAGAUAUACCUAACAAGAGAUACCAACUUACUAAGUCAAACCCUUGGAGUACAAUUGGAACCGGUAAAAACAUAUCCGGAACUUAUAAACCAAUAUAUCAGAGAAUACCAAAUUACCAGCAAUUUCGAAAUAACCUUAAAAGGAAGUCCAGAACUAUGGUAUCUAGUAAAAAGGCUGAUAUACAACCUAGAAAGCCCAUGGACAUUGACCAAAUCACAAUUAGUAACGGUGAACCGAAUGAUGAACAAACAAUUGCAACAAACCUUCAAAAUAGUAGAACAGAACAAACAUUAUCUUCAAGCAAUCCAGGAGGAACAGAUCUUCCGAGAUGUAGAAUCUGUAAUGGGAAAAAAGGCGUUCACGAUUACAAAGAAUGCCCAGACAUUAUUUGUGGAAAAUGUAGAGGACCUCAUAACCGCAGUAAAUGCGACCAAUUCAUUUGUGAACUAUGCGGACAACAGGGACAUCACCAACUAAACUGUCACCUGACACAAUGCACUUACUGUUAUGAAUAUAAACAUAUUGAAGAAUACUGUCCAAAAAGAAUAUUAUGGGAUACCAACCGAAACCAAACCU